UGGCCACAUCAAUCGAUCUUUUCUCAGUUUUCUCGUCAGCUGAUUAGAUUGUUAAAUUUUGAUGUUUGCCGAUGGUUCCUCUCUUGAGUUUUAAUUUCUUCUACUUUAAUAUACAUGGCGAAGUAUUGCUGAAUACGAAUCGAAUAAGCAAAACUAAAAUAAAGGUAAACCAUGAUAGAUAGUUUAUUAUCAAAAUAACACUUAAUUUUAUCGUAGUUUUUGAAGAAUAAACUUGUAGUUAUCUAUGAGUCAAUUUUAUCAUAUAACUUUUCAAUUGUUUUUUAACGUAACGUAACUUCUCUCUCAAACCACUUAACGUAAAAGUUCGUAAUUAUCACUUGUUUAUAUUUUGUUCUGCGCUGAAUUUAUUAUAAAUAUCUCGACAUAACAUAACGUAGCAUUAUAAUUUACAAAAUGAAUAAUCCCACCAAUCUUGAUGUUAUUGUUGAACUAUCAAGAGUUGACGACGCUCCGGAAGCUGGCGAAAAUUCCAAAAAAUGUCGUAACCGUGUCAAAUGUGAAGAGGUGUCUUUCACAUGCCACUAUUGUGAUAAACUGUACUUCGAGAAGAAGGAGCUUCGCAGCCAUAUCGCACGUCAUAUGAAAAAUGACAAUAAACUCAAGUGCGAAGUUUGCAAUAUCGGCUUUUCCCGCAGAAGUUACCUGGCAGAGCACGUCAACAUCCACAAUGGACAAAAACCAUUCUCGUGCUACUACUGCGGUAAGUUGUUUUCUUUACGAUGUAACCUAGUUAGACACACCAGGAUUCACACCGGCGAGAAACGUUUCCCUUGCGACCAAUGCGACAAGAAGUUCAUCUUGAAGAAGAAUCUUAUCGAGCAUCAAAGAACGCACACAGGCGAAAAACCAUUCAAGUGUAAAACCUGCGAUAGAUUGUUUGGCCGACGAAGUAGCCUUGUCAGACAUGUCCGCACCCACACCGGAGAGAAAAAAUACGUUUGUAACAUCUGUAACAAAACUUUUGCCUGGAAGUAUUACCUCCAGCGGCAUAUGCCAAUUCACUUGAGAGGUAGGCGUAGACGUAGAGCAGCUGAACCUAAAGUUGUCAACGUGAACAUAUACAUGCAAAACGCAUUACAAGAGAUGAUGAGUCCUGAAGAAUACGAAAUUCUUACUACGAAAGAGCUAGUUGUAGUCUGCGAUCGUGUAUAAUUGAUCAACGUGUAUAUUGGAUCAUCGUAAGGUUCGGGAUUUUACACCUGCCGAUAUGUUUACGUGUAUUUUUGCUAUUGUUAAUUUUUACGUUUUCCCCCUUUCACGUGGUUAUAUUUUUAAAUAUUUAUUUUACUUAUCGAUACGUGUUUUAAUGUGCAUUUCUGUUAUAAUUUUAUACCUAUUUUUUCCUCGAACUUGGAAUCUAUUUUAUACGUCGAUGUUUUUCUCUUUUUUCUCCUUUUUUUAUUUCAUAAUUAUUAUUUUACUUAUUGAAAAUUCGCUUUCUUCUAUACGUCUUUUAUUUUAUUUUUAAAUUGCUGGAUUUUACUUUCAACUGGUGUUUUUGAAAACGAUUAAAAUUUGUAAUUAGUUUCUUACAAAAUUUCAUUUUUUUUUGUCUAAGGUGAUUGUCCCUCUAAUCAUCACUUAAUCGAAUAAAGCUGAUAUUUAUUCGUGUUUAUUUGGAUAAAUGUUAUUGCGUGCGAAUUUAUUUUUAAAUACCGAUACGCUCGUAUUUGUGAUUGAUGUUUUUUUUGGUUUAUUUGUGAUUUUUCGAUAAUUGUUACCCAUACGGUUAUUUGUUAUGUCUACUGUAUUAUUAAUUGUAAUAAAUGUGUGUUCUCAUCGA